GCUGCCCCGCGUCCCGCGCGCGGCCUUGCCCGCAGGACGGAGCGGGACGGGAGCGGGAGGGCCCGUGCGAGCGGCGCAGCCCCGCAGCGCGGCCCGGCGCGGCGCAGCGGCCGGGUCCCGGCCGGCCCCGCCUCACCCCGGGCAGCCCCCGCUUUGGUCCUGGCGGCGGCACCGCUCCGGAGGCCACGGCAGCCGCCGCGGCUCCCCCGGGGCGGAGCGCGGGCAGGCGGAGGAGUGUGAGGAAAGCGGCGUGUGGCGAGCGCCAGGCAGCUCCGGCAGCCCUGGCCAGCGGGUCCCGCCGGGCGGUGUGUGGGGACAGGCCGCGGGACGGGGGCACCGCCCGGGCCAUCGGCACCGCCCGGGCAGAGGGGGUUCGGUCGGGUGAAGCGUGGCUGCUUUCCCGUGCCGGUAUUCGCCAUGGAAAGUGGUUUUUUUUGGGGUUGCUGUUGUAAAAAGGGAACUCGACGCAGCAGCUGACUGUGAUUUUCUUUUCGCGUAUGAGUUCUGCAGCGGUUCGCAGCUGUCCAGCUGUGCGGGCAGCCGGCUUUGCCGCUCUCAGCCAGACGCGGUGCCUGGCAGCAGAUGUGGCUCCGGUCCCUCGGGGGCCCGCAGCCCAGCCUUCCCGCACCCCGCACUCGAGUGAAGGUUAUUUCAGGUUGCUGUUGAAAUAAAAGGUUGACUGUCUCAAUGGAAGUGGUACGAGCCUGGGCCCCAGUAGUGGGUUUCACACUCCUGCCCAAUGUAGGAGGAUUUUUAGGAGGCAGGAUAACCAGAAAAGAAAUUCCAGUGUGGUAUGCAUAUCUACAGAAGCCAUCCUGGUGUCCACCUAACUGGGUGUUUGGUCCUGUUUGGGGAACACUCUAUACAUCUAUGGGAUACGGCUCCUACCUGGUGUGGGAGGAACUGGGGGGCUUCAAUGAAGAAUCGAUGGUUCCGCUAGGUCUGUAUGCAGGGCAGCUGGCACUAAACUGGGCAUGGACUCCAAUAUUUUUUGGAGCACACAAAAUGGGAUGGGGGCUGGUCACUCUCCUGCUCACCACUGGUAUGGCAACAGCUACAACUGCUUCCUGGUAUAACAUCAACAAAACAGCAGCUUAUUUGAUGGUUCCUUAUUUAGCUUGGCUAACCAUGGCUUCUGCACUCAAUUACCGUGUCUGGAAGGACAAUCGCAAAAAGAAACUAUAUGAAUAAAUGGUUUUCAGCCAAGACAACUUUUUUCCACAAGAAUUUUUCUAAAUGAAGUUACGGCCUUAUUUUGUUUUUAGCUGAACUGCUUACACCACUAGUUUGUUAAGUACAAGUUGACAAAUCAGUAUUUGUUUAAAGCAAGUGUCUUUACUUGGCAAGUCACAAAGGGUAACUGGGUUUUAUAGCAAACAAAGAGAAUAAUGCUGAUUGAAAAGUACUAGUUUUCUGUACUACAGCAUUACACUUUAUAUGACUACAGCAUUUUAACUAUUACCAGAAAUACACAAGCUCCAACUUCAUUAUGUUCAGAAGAAGAACCCAGCCUUAUAUUAACACAGCUUCCAGAAAGCUGUUCCAAACAGUGACAGGCAUAAUUGUGGCCUUAAUCUUUCUUAUUUACCACUAGACACAGAGCUUUAAUGUAUGGUGUGUCCCACUACAGCUGUCAGGUACUUAUCUUCUGGUCAUUGUACUCUGGAAAUGUUUUUCAAGAUCUUUUUCACAAUUUGUGCCUUCCCACUGUGCAGCACUGUGCAAUCUAUUGUUAGCUAAAUGCAUUAAACUACAUGUAAACUUA